GUCAACCGAUUGACAAACUAGAAUUAUUUGAAAUCCGUGUGGAAAGAGCUCGGGUUAAUUUCGAGUAUUAUCUGCAAUCUAGAUGUUUAUAAAUCAUUUCAGUCGUUGAUAUAAUAAUUAAAGGUCGACUGAACAUGAAUUAUAUUAUACAAUUUAAAGCGCAUUUCUGUUUAUGCACGUGAACCCGUCUAACGUUAUUUUCGCAGUUAUAUAAAGUAGCAAAUUAUCGUUCCUGAAUAGGUGGCGCCGUGGUAGCGGAUCCUGUUCCUCUUCUUCCGGUUUCUGCACUGUGCAAUUAUUUCAGUUAUAUUUUUAAUUAACGAUGCCAAGUACUUGUUGUUGUGUACCUGGAUGUCAUUUAAGAGGAGGACAUGCAUUUCCAAAUGACUUAAAAAGAAGGAAAAGUUGGAUCAACGCCAUGGCCCAUACGCAGAUUGGACGAGAACACGAUGAUAUCGUGGAGUCCAUCUCAAUCAGCUGUUGUUUGCAAGGCACGUUUUACUGAAAAAGACUACGUGCAGGAAACUAAUCAUGGGCGCAAACCCACCAUACAGAGACUUAAGUCUACUGCAAUUCCCAGCCUAUUUUCCUGGACCAAGCAAGAGACUGAAUCGUCCGCAAAAAGAAAAAUCAGGACAGUUUCCUGUGAAAACAAAAGAACUAAACUUGAUGAAUAUUGUAGUAGAAAUCUAGAGGAAAGUUUUGAUUGUAAAGUUGGUUUUCCUGAAGAAGUCAUUCAUACUGCAGAAAGGAUUUAUGACUGUCCACCACCAACUGCCGAGCUAAUGUUGAGCUUCACAGAUUACGCAAACACCAUCAAUGCCUAUGUUUUCCGCAGAGAAUUUUGAAAUGAAGACACGUGACACAGCCAUGCAUUUUUAUACCGGUUUAGAGUUGUAUACUAAAUUUUUAUUUGUUUUGACCACACUUGGUCCAGCAGCACAUUGUUUGAGAUACAUAUAUUUUCAAAUUGAUAGGGUGUCAGUUGAAAAUCAGUUUUUUUAUGACUUUGAUGAAAUUGAGGCAUCAUACAACCAACUUUAAACUGUCUAGAUUCUAGAUUGAAUCUAGUGUUAAGAAUAUUGUGUAUACAUGGAUUGUUUUUAUGUCUAAACAGUGGUGUGAGGCUAACACUUGGCCAUCUAGUGGUUUAGUCAGGUAUUUUUCACCAUCCAACUUCAAAUUAAAGUUUCCUACGACUUGGAUUAUUAUUGACAGCACAGAAUAUCCCGUGAUAAAACCUAAAGCUCCUAGAGCUCAGGCAACCUUUUCAUCAAAUAAAAACAGAAACACUGAAAAUUCUUGAAUGUUCGACACCUGGUGGUUUAGUCAACUAUGUCUCUAUGUCACAUAGAGCGAAUUAUUGGACUUGGCAAAACAUACAAAAUUCUAAUAAAUCCUAUGAAUGGAACUGAAACAAAACUUUCAUCUGAAAUAACAUUUAGUUGUUUUAUGUUGUGUAAUUUUAGAACUUGUAUUGUGCCAAAGGAUGCAUAAAUAAAAGUGACGCAAUGAAUUUUGUUCUGAUAUAUAUAUUUACAAUUACAUGCACAUGUAAAUUGUAAUGCAUAUAAAAAUAAGGAGAUGUGGUAUGAUAUUCAGUGAGUUUAUCAAACUAAAGUGCAUAAGAAAUGGGUUUAAGCA